UACACCGAGCGUGGGCUGGAUAAUCACUUCGUCCUGAACUGUAGCGUCUUCCUAUAUAUUGAUAACAUAAAACAUACAUAAAACAACAUUGACAGUGAAUGAUCAAAUUUGGGAAUGCUCUUACAGCCCAGCAACAGUUAGUGGCACGUGCUAGCAACUGUGUGUAAACAAAAACACUCAUUUCCUGUCGGGCACUCGAUACGAGGCCGAAACGGUGCGCAUGUCCUGUACCAGCCUCGGUCCAGAACUCACUCCCGAAGGCGCCGCAGCAUCCGCCGUCAUAAGAGGCUACCGGCAUCGUCGCACCGUUCAGUCCUCCGGUGACAGCCAACAGGAACAGACGCGCGCGUCCUUCCGCCAAACUGCUCGUUUCGUCUGUUUUGAAUCGCUGACAUCGUUAAUAAUUUUGGUUUUUUUUUUUCAUUGCCGGUGACGUUGCUGUUGUUGCGGUGCGAAUCUGGCAGAUUGUGUUCAAUCACUUCUGUGGUUAGCUAUUUGUAUCACAUGUGAAGCUGAGUAACGAAUUUGCCUGAAGUUAUGCUGCUGAUGUGACAAAUUGAAGUACCUAAUCAUUUGAUGGAAGUGGCUUAGAAGUGUGCCAAUCUUGGCAGUAUUUGUUUCCCAAGAGGUAGAAGAUCAACGGCAAACAAUGGGAUGUAGUCUUCAAUGAAGAAGUUUUUCUUCGAGGAGAAAAGUUUGAAUGAAUAGUACACAAAAGUAGCGCGAAUAAUUGAACAGAGAAAAAGAACGUCCCCCACGUGACAAGUGACGACCGAGUACGGCUGAAAACUUCAAGAUGCUUGCUAUUCUAUGGAUUACGUUGGCUAUCGUGGAGACUGGCGAUUCCAACGACGCAACGACGACGGCGGUCGGUCCGUUCGGCACCAUACCGGCGCCAGUUUGCGGCCAAAUCCAGCUCAUGAUGGACAACUGCUUUCACAACACCACACCGCGGGUCGUGGCAGACAUGCUGUACACGGUGAAAAUCCCGGAGAAUGCCGAUGACAUCGCCAGUCGGUGCCUAUUAUUCAACCGAGGCAUGGAUUGCGUUCAGCACUAUCUGGACAACUGCGUGGACCAAAAGGACCGGAAGAUUGUCGAGAACGAGGUUUACGGUGCCAGGAAGCUGUACGAAUUCCUCUGCCGGGAUAAAUCGUUCCAGCGAGAAUUCCUCCGGCACAAAACGUGCUUUCACCACGUGCACCCGGACUGGGACCGGUGUUCGAAAGACUUUGUCAACAUCAUGAAGGAAGAGAUGGCCAAAACGAACGAAAAAACGUACAACGUGCAGUACAUGCACUUUUGCUGUGCGCGGUACGGUUACGAGGAAUGCGUCUUCAAAGCUGCUCAGUACAAGUGCAAACCAGAGUCAGCUGUGUUCCUGCAGCGGAUCGCCAGGCUACUUUCCACCGACAAGCACUUCCAGAACUGUGAUAGAAUCGAGCAGCAGAUUUGCUCUUCCGGACGGCGCCUCCCCACCACCGGAACCGGCUUGCUGAUAGUGCUGAUGGUGGUGGUUUUUGCGGGCUUGCCCUUAACGAAUCUUGAACAUCGAUAAGCACACAAAUGGGCACUGAAGUUACCGGCUGUUUGGAUUAUGAUAGAUCUGUACCGUCUAUCGGGAGUAGUAUGUUGACGAAAAUGGUGCUGAGUUGUUGUUAUGCGGUUUUUUCCGAAACGUGCUAGAGAUCAUUACUGAACAAAAUGUGGGGAGUUUUGCGAAGCGCAUUGUGAUGUCUGUAUUGUAUGAUAGGAUGAAUUGCCAAUUAGUUAUCGACAGGGGGAAAUUAUAUGUGGCUUGAUGAUGGUUUUCCAGAAGAGCUAACAUUGCCAUAGGUAUGAGGUUUCAUUUUGAAAAGUUAGGCAACCGUGACAGUUGAGCGUUUGUCAGUGUCACAGAAGGUGGCAAUGUAGGAGUAGGCUAAAUAGAUAAAGUAUAUUUUAGAGCGAAUUUAUUUCGAACCCGAUGGUUGAAAAUAAACGACACUACGUCACUCUUAUCUGCAUGAUUGUUAUCCGUGUAAUGGCUAACUAGAAGUAAUUUUUUUUAUCUGAAAACAAUAUAACAAACAAAUUUCCAGAGCGGUUUUUCUAUUACAUAACGCGAAAACAAAUAUAUUAGACCUCCUCCCCCUCUUCGUAACAAAAUUUCCAUACAAGUAUUAAUAAUGUUGUAUGGAGCGUAACACGGCCUUCGACCACCCUCCCCCUCAAUUGCGUUACGUAAUAAAAGAACGCUCCAUUAAACAAUUUACACACGACACGUAAAUGUAAAAAAAUACCUUUUUAAUCCAAAUGAAACCUUAUAGGGGAAAACACUUUAACAUCAAAUGAUGUGAGCGGGAUAGACUCUUUGUUUACACUUUGUCACACUUUGGCCCACCUACAGUGCUUUGCUUGAAAUGAUUCCUUUUGUGCCUUUAAGUUAAUGUGUGUACAACCGUGUCAUUAAAAUUUUCCCACUCUUAUUUUUAAUUUUUUUUUUCGAAUAUAUGUGUUUCCAAUACCAAAGAUUCAUUGCCACCUUUUAAGCAAUUGUGUUCAUCGAUUAGUUUAAAAAUGUAUUGACUUUAUUGACUUUUUUAUAACCCAAUCACAUUGGCAAAAACACUAAUUUUGUAAGUUUGAAUUUAUAAUAUAGGAAAUUUAAGUCAAUUUUAAACAAGGAAUUAAAAUCAAGCGUUGAACAACUUUACCGUGAAGUAAUUGGUUGACUUGAUCCCCUUUUUUUGUACAGCGCAUAGCUGAUUUGAUAUUUCACAAAACUUUGAACAUUUAACUUGAGUUGGAAGCUUACAUUCAAAUAUCUGACGUAAGACUACGUCAAAUAUUUUGACGUAAGACUACUUCGUAAUCAAAGGCUUUGGGUGCCUUUUCGAAUAACGUGGGCCGCAGUCCGGCGUCAUUUCAAAAGCUUAUACUGCCAAUGUUCACAUAAAUGUCCCAUAUGCAGCUCGAUCAAUUGCUAACUACCGAAACUUGAUUUGAUCUCAUAUCGUAUUAUCAUGUUGACAAUUUGCAAAACAACUGUAAUUUGUAUUUACCAAAGCAGUAAUUAAAAAAAAGCUAAGAUCUCGAUAACCCGCUCCCAAAAUUCCAUGCAUGAAUACAUUUUGUAAUUGUCUGCUCUACAACUUUGUAAUUUAUUUUACAAAAUAACCCUGAAAAGUUACAAAAAACAUGAAAUUUUAAAAUGAUUUUUUUUUUCUAGAUGAAGAAAUUACUCUUCUGGGUUAUUGCAGAUUCGAAAAGUAAAUUGAAUUUCCUCUUUCUAAUGACAUGCGUUUUUUUUUUUUAAUUUAAGUAAACUAUCAAAUCGGGCGUCAUAUUUUAUAUUUUACAUAAAAGUUCUUUUGACACCAAAUUCCCGUAUCAUCACCAUGUAAAAAAAAAUUAAGGGGUCGUACCACCUCCAUCGAAAAAUCAACCACGGAUUCGGGACCAAAAUUACCCCUUAACACAAAGUUUCACGUAAACCAAAGAGUCUCCCAGCUCUCCCCUACAGGUUCAAGAAAGUAGUUUUAACUGAAAUCAUGUCAAAAAAAGUUUCCAUCAAAAGUUUUGUGAGAAUUGACAAGAGACCACAUCCAUAAACCACGUGGACACUUUUUUUUGGGAAUCUCAACACCUCCCCCCCCUUGCCCUUCGUGGUUGUAUUGAUUCGGACAACUUUAGGAAGACUCCCCCCCCUAGAGUGUCCACGUAGUUUAUGGAUGGUCCCCAAGAAGGAAGAAAAUAAAUCUUAUCCAUAAUCAACCAAAGAUACGUGCUUUUCCCUUAAUGUUUAAACGGCUGGCUGAAAUCAAAACGUCUCAUCAGCUAAAUUGUCGUUUAUGUGACCGUUGAGAUUAGAUCUGAAAAGGAAAAUUUGGUGAUUGUUUUAAACUCCAUGAAACGACCUGUUUCAAAAUAUUGCGAAUCUAUGGCUCCAUACAGUAUACUAAGUAUAAGAUAAAACUAAAAGUUUCAAAUAAAGCGCAAAGAUUCGGCAGAAAGCAGUAUCAGAACGGAACUGUAUAUUAUCACUUUAAAUUUAACUGGUAAUUGGAUCAAAAUGUUAUGUACCUAGACUUGUUCAAGAUUUUCCUUCGAAUAAAAACAGAGCUAAUAUUUA